AUGCAACUCCGACGAGAACUCGUCUCCACAUUCGGCUUUGUUGCCGUUGCCGCGGCCCAAGUCUAUCAGGGCUUCAACUACGACGCAGUCAACAACGAUGGAUCAUGUAGAGGCUAUCCUGAUUUCUAUGGCUUUUUUGAGCGCGCAAAGAACUUGGCCGGCACGGAGGGCCAUUUCGCAGCCGCUCGUUUGUAUACGUCGAUUGAAUGUGGCACGACAGCCGACCCGAUCUCAGCAUUCCAAGCCGCGAUCGACACCAACACCGACAUUCUCGUCGGAUUAUGGGCAAGUGCUGGCCGGGAUGUCUUUGGGAAAGAAUUAACCGCGCUCCUUGCCGCAACUAAACAGUUGGGUGCUGCUUUCACUGAUCAUGUCAUUGGUAUUAGUGUUGGAUCUGAAGACCUCUUUCGAAGUAGCGUUCAAGGUCAAGUGAAUGACGCGGGAGCUGGUGCUACGAGCGCAGAAAUCGAAGGCUAUAUUGGUUGGGCGAGAGACUGGAUUCGUGGUACAGCCUUGGACGGCAAGCCGAUCGGGCAUGUUGAUACAUGGACCUCCUGGAUUGCGCCUGAGAAUGCUGGUGUUGUCUCCUCCGUCGACUUCUUGGGCCACAAUGCAUUCCCAUACUUCGAGACAACUAGAAUCAACGCCAUCGACCAGGCCACCGACAACUUCUGGUCCGGCCUUAAGCAGACCGAGAGCGUUGCGGGCGGAAAGCCCGUCUUCAUUACCGAAACCGGCUGGCCAAGCAUGGGCCCUCAGCAACGGGAUGCUGUCGCUUCUCUUGACAAUGCGAAAGGCUACUACUCGCAGAUUGGUUGCGCGCUCUUCGGCCAGCGCACCACUUUCUGGUACACUUUGGUGGAUUCCAAUAUGACGCAGGCGGAUAUAUCUUUUGCCCUCACCCCUAUUGACAGCGCUACGCCUAGAUUUGACCUGACUUGCUAA